AUGAUGCAUGUAUUGAAGUUGGAUGCGUUGGAUAGACACGAAGCGAAUCAAAUACCCGAAGGGUAUGCACUGUCGAUGACUUACGUGUGUGUUCUGGAUGCGUGUCAGUGUAUUUCCGAAGCGAUUUUCAACUCAAACGCCUCAACUUGUGCAGAUAUGAACAAA